AUGAAGAAACUUUAUGCCAAAACCUCCUUUUCGACCAAAAAUCGCAAAGCUGGCAAAAAUGAAAAUGAUCCCAAUGCCGCUGCAGAUUCAUUUAUAAAAUGUCAUGAUCCCAUUUUGGCAUUUCAACCAACAAAAUGUAAAGAUCUUGGCGGAGAUUCGGCUAACAAAUACAAACCCAAACACCCUUUUGGUGCUAAACUCCAAAAUCUGGAACAUUUGCGUAAUCCACAAUUUUCCAGCGUGGAAAAUUCGUCAUUGAUUAUGCCUGUAUCCCCACACUCGCCCUAUGAAGAAUCUCCCUAUUAUUAUACCAUAACGGAAUUGGAAAACCUACAGAUGCUGGAUCAUCGACACCCUCACUUUCAUCAUCAUCAGAAAAUGCAACAGAUGCAUGGCCACAAAGUCUAUCAUCAGCACAAUCAAUUGGUUUUGCAACUUCCCAUUGUGACAUCGACGACGAACACCGAAGAAGACAACGACCACGACACAAUAGAUUCUCCCAGCAGCCAACAGCAACGUUUAAUAACUUCACCACACCAGCAGCACCAGCCCAUCUAUGAAGCACCACAAAUGAAUUCAACGGCAUCAUCGUCGGGCUCAUCUUCGCUAUUGUCGCGGUCAUCAUCAAACUUGUCAUCACCCACAGCCACCAUAAAAUCGUCUAUGGGUCUGAGGAGACAAACUUCAUUGUCGGCAACAACACCGCCUCCGCCCCCACAUCACCAGCAUCAGCAGCAGUACUAUGACUAUUAUGAUUCCAUUCAUCAUCCUCAAAUGUCUCGCUGCAGUUAUCAUCUGCAUCCAGCUCAAUAA